GUUAGCCGAGUUGUCUAUAUAAACGCAUAGAUACCAUAGAGCUCAUACACACAAAUCAUUGUUCACAAUACUGCCCAAAAAGAGAACAAAAACGAAUCAAAACUUGACAAAUGGCUCCUGCUUCAAACUCAAUCAGUUCUCAGCGCGUGGCAGUGAUCGGAGCCGGAGCAGCCGGUUUAGUAGCUGCCAGAGAACUCCGUCGUGAAGGUCAUACCGCUGUUGUCUUUGACCGGGAGAAACAAGUGGGAGGUCUCUGGGUUUACACACCUAAGGCCGAAUCUGACCCGCUAAGCCUCGACCCGACCCGCCACGUCGUCCACUCGAGUGUCUACGAGUCUCUCCGGACCAACCUCCCGAGAGAAUGCAUGGGUUUCAGGGACUUUCCCUUCGUGCCACGUGGCGAUGAUGUUUCAAGAGACCCGAGACGGUAUCCAAGCCACAGGGAAGUUCUUGCGUAUCUUCAAGACUUUGCUAGAGAGUUUAAGAUAGAGGAGAUGGUCCGGUUCGAGACGGAGGUUGUUCGGGUCGAACCGAUCAAUGGGAAAUGGAGAGUUCUGUCAAGAAACUCUGGUGGUUUAUCAGAGGAUGAGAUCUUUGACGCCGUCGUGGUUUGCAGCGGUCACUAUGCAGAACCUAGCGUUGCUCAAAUUCCUGGAGUUGAGUCAUGGCCUGGGAAGCAAAUUCACAGCCACAAUUACAGACUUCCCGAUCCAUUUGAAGAUGAGGUGGUGGUGGUAAUAGGAAACUUUGCGAGCGGGGCAGAUAUUAGUAGAGACAUAUCUAAAGUCGCAAAAGAAGUUCAUAUCGCAACUAAAUCAAGUCCUGAUACAUACGAGAAGCUUUCCGGAGAUAAAAACAAUCUCUGGAAGCAUUCUCAGAUAGACAUUGCCCGUGAGGAUGGUACGAUUGUUUUCCAAAACGGGAAGGUGGUACAUGCCGAUACCAUUGUGCAUUGUACAGGGUACAAGUAUUACUUUCCAUUUCUAGACACUAAUGGUUAUAUGAGUGUCGAUGACAAUCGGGUUGAGCCUCUCUACAAGCACAUCUUCCCACCCGCCUUUGCUCCUGGACUUUCCUUCAUCGGUUUGCCAGCAAUGGGUCUACAAUUCUAUAUGUUUGAAGUCCAAAGCAAAUGGGUUUCUGCAGUUUUGUCUGGACGGGUUACACUUCCUUCAGUAGACAAAAUGAUGGAAGAUAUGAUGUUGUCAUAUGAAACACUAGAAGCUUUAGGUAUACCCAAAAGAUAUACACAUAAGUUGGGUAAAUCUCAGUGUGAGUACCUCGACUGGAUUGCAGACGAAUGUGGGUUCUCGCAUGUUGAGCACUGGAGAGAUCAGGAAGUAGUUCGUGGUUACAAGAGACUUGUGGAUCAGCCUGAGACUUUCCGUGAUGAAUGGGACGACGAUGACCUCAUGGAAGAAGCAUACGAGGAUUUUUCAACACAAAAUCUGAUCAAUUUUCAUCCUUCUCGUUUCCUCGAAUCUGGAAGAUGAUGCGUCUAGUGUCAACUUGUCUUCGGGCUGGUUUAAUAAAGUAUAAUAUAAGAGUGUGAGGGUCAGCUUGACAAAGGCUCCCUGUUGUUUCAAGUCUGCAUUUAAGUUCUUGGUGCCUAAAACCUUUCGUUCAAAGGACCAAUAUGUUAAGAAUAAAAGUAUGUAACUAAUUUCGAGAACUUUCAGUUAAUAACCGGUCCAUUUAUGUAAUUGUUUGUUUUUUUUCUUCAGUCGAAAUCAAAGAGUAAUCUUUAGAAUGUAUGCAUGAAUUUGUAAUAUGCCAAGAAUCAUAUCUUAU